CGGCUCCGGUCCCGCCCGACGGAAGUGACGUCAGGCGGAGGCCGGUGCUUCCGGCGCACGGGCAGUGGUGGCCCGGCAGGAGGAGCCCGGGGCGCCGCUCCCUGCCUCCCCCGCGCUCCGCGGCGCCCGGAAGCAGAGCUCAGAUGAAAUCAAAAGAACGAUAAAGUUUGGAGGAGAAAAAGAAGCUGCAAUUGCUUUCCUGGUCUGCAGUUUGACAGGGCACUAAGAUGUCCGUGGACAUGAACAGCCAGGGCUCUGACAGCAAUGAAGAGGAUUAUGACCCUAAUUGCGAGGAGGAGGAAGAGGAUGAGGAUCCUGGGGAUAUUGAGGAUUAUUAUGAUGGGGUAGCUAACGACGUGGAGCAGCAGGGAGCAGAUGCCUUUGAUCCAGAGGAAUAUCAGUUCACCUGCCUGACUUACAAGGAGUCGGAGAGCACACUGAAUGAACACAUGGCCAGCUUGGCUGCCACGUUAAAGGUAUCACACGCUGUUGCAAAGCUAGUAUUAGUUAGUUUCCACUGGCAAAUCUCAGAGAUUUUGGAAAGGCACAAGUCUAAUGCUGCCCAAUUGCUAGUAGAAGCACGAGUUCAGCCCACCUCAUCCAAACAUGCAAUGGUACAUUCCUCCCAUCACUGCGCAGUGUGCAUGCAGUUUGUCCGGAAGGAGAACUUGCUCUCUCUGGCUUGUCAGCACCAGUUCUGUCGCAGCUGUUGGGAGCAGCAUUGUACAGUGCUCGUCAAGGAUGGUGUUGGAGUCGGGGUCUCCUGCAUGGCUCAGGACUGCCUACUUCGGACACCAGAAGACUUCGUGUUUCCAUUGCUGCCUAGUGAAGAGCUGAAAGACAAAUACAGGCGCUACCUCUUCAGGGACUAUGUGGAGAGCCAUUAUCAGCUGCAGCUAUGUCCUGGUGCAGAUUGCCCUAUGGUCAUACAGGUACAGGAGCCAAAAGCCCGGCGAGUGCAGUGCAAUCGUUGCAAUGAGGUCUUCUGCUUUAAGUGUCGGCAGAUGUACCACGCACCCACAGACUGUGCUACCAUUCGGAAAUGGCUCACCAAAUGUGCAGAUGACUCCGAGACAGCCAACUACAUCAGCGCUCACACUAAAGAUUGUCCCAAGUGCAAUAUCUGUAUUGAAAAGAAUGGAGGCUGCAAUCACAUGCAAUGCUCCAAGUGCAAGCAUGACUUCUGCUGGAUGUGUCUGGGAGACUGGAAGACUCACGGCAGCGAGUACUACGAAUGCAGUCGGUACAAAGAGAAUCCUGAUAUUGUAAACCAGAGUCAGCAAGCACAGGCCAGGGAGGCCCUUAAGAAGUACUUGUUCUAUUUUGAGAGGUGGGAAAAUCACAAUAAAAGCCUACAGCUGGAGGCACAAACGUACCAACGAAUCCAGGAGAAAAUCCAAGAGAGAGUUAUGAACAACUUGGGAACGUGGAUAGACUGGCAAUACCUACAAAAUGCUGCAAAACUGCUUGCAAAGUGUCGUUACACCCUGCAGUACACAUAUCCAUAUGCCUACUACAUGGAGUCUGGUCCCAGAAAGAAAUUGUUUGAAUAUCAGCAGGCUCAGCUGGAAGCUGAAAUUGAAAAUCUCUCAUGGAAGGUGGAGCGAGCAGACAGCUAUGACAGAGGGGACUUAGAGAAUCAGAUGCACAUAGCAGAGCAGAGACGGAGGACCCUGCUGAAAGACUUCCAUGACACAUAAGACAGGAGGAAGUGACAAAAUGCAGGGGUGAGAGCAGCGAGUGAAGUGAUGGCAGCUUCACCGGGAUAAGCAGGCACUGCCUCUGGGAGAACAUGGCCAAGGACAAAGCCACCCCUCCCCUUGCAAGUCAGACACAUGCAAACACCACAUCUUAGUCCAGUUUGUUCUCUUAUCUUUCUGUUUCUGCCAGGCUAGAGGCCAGAGUUCAGAUUGGCGUAUUUCCUGGGACAUUUCCCUCCUGACCGUGUUGGUUUCAGAAGGGGAGGGAGUUUUUCUCUGAAAGGCUGUUAAUAGUAUUAGAUCAUUACAAUUUAUGUAAUUUUCAACGGUUGUACAAUUAUACAGACAAACCUUAGAAUAACACACAACCCUUUUUGAAAAUAAAUUGGCAGUGGAGUGUUUUUCCUUAAUCUGCUUGUAAAUUUAAUGGGCUUUUCCCCCCUCCCCCUCCCUUCCUCUGACCCCAAAAUCCUCCUGGGCACUGAAGGAGGUUACAAAAUAUCUCAAGGAGGUUUCUCCAUGCUCCUUUAAGAGAGCAUUGUAGCAUUGGCAUUGCAGGAGGAGAGUGGCUGGUAUUAAGAGUGGCUGCUGCUGCGUCUGACCGCAGUGGCCGCGGUUUAGGAUGAUGACAUGUGACAUCUCUUUCCUUGUAAAUCAGCUGUGCAAAAUCCUGCUGCACAAACAAAAGCAAAUGGAGGAAUUGUAGGGGAGAGACCAGGUUAAACUGGGGGAUAGGCCUUGAGUCAGGUCACAUUCUACAUUUGAUUCUACAUUUGAUUUAGGUCUUCCAUGUAGAUUUUUGCUUUACUCAUUUUUGUGGGGAGGGUGUUGUAUUGCCAAAGUGAGUGACGAGGGAGUAGUAGCAUACAGUUGUUAAUCAAGGCUUGGGAGUUUUGCAGAGUGAAACAAUCCAUGUUAUAACAGUGCCAUGCAGCCUGGUAAAGAUUAUUUGUGCCUGCUGGGUAACAUGGCUGAGAAAAUUAGAUUCCAUGCAUCAAGGUGAGACUAAACACCAGUGUAUUAUGUGGAGGAAGGAUGAUGUGUAACACACUCCCUGGCACGUGUUGGCAAUGUGGACAGGCACUUGAAUACAGGUGCACUGCUUGUGCAGUGCCUGCACCAAGCCAGGCAGAAAAUUAACUAGCAAAAUUAAUUUAUUUGUAUAUUAGUAUUGAUACUGGUGGAGACUUAUCAGAAAAAAUGAUUGUUAGGAGCAUGUGGAGCUUUUUUAUUAACAUUCUUUUUUCUAAUGUAAAAUAUACACUAAAAUAAAAAUAUGAAAACCUAGUUCAUCUUAGUAGGGGUAACGUGAAAAAGGUUACUUAAGUGUUGAUGCUUGCCUGUUUGCUGCAGGGAGCAGGCCACAUGUUAAGAUUUCACAGGCAUGAAUGUCACGGGCACCAGGAACACAUUAUUUGCAGCCAGUAAGCUGGAGCUGAAGUCUGAUCUGAGGAAAUCUUCGCCUUUGCAGGGAAUUCAUGGGAUUCUCCUUCAUGCUGUGUGUGGAAGUGUUGCCUUUGAUGCAUCCCUGUAUUGCUCUUACACAAUGUUACCUGGUAAAGAUUAAAUUGGAGGAGGGGGGUAAAGUGCUCAAUUCCUGCAUGUCAACAGAAGCUAACUCUGCUGUUGGAGCCCUUUUUACAUACCUGCAACACGUGAGCAGAGUGUUCAACUGGGCUGAUGGAUUUUAACAAGACAGCAUCAGUUUAAAAGAGGAGUGGCUGUCAGAGGAGCUAAUCCUGUGGCCACGCGUGUCGUACACAGCAGAACAUUUUGAACCAAGAGGCCUUUUUCCCUCCUCCUUCCCAUCGCUGGUGUGGGGUGUAUCCUCAGGGAACCGGGGAAUACGCUGCCAGGAGCUGCUGGCAGUGGAAAGGGGGUUACAGCAGAAGUGGCUGAGGGUGGAGCAGGGCUGCAGACAGCGGGGUAGGGGCAAGGAAGGACGAAACAAUGGUUUCUGGGAGCAAGUGCUGCUUGCUGCGCAAGAGACCUCCAUAACCACGGCUCCUGUGUUCCUGCUCUGUCCUGUUCUGUCUCUCCAGGCUAGAGUGAUAGGGAUAGAUAGGUCCUUGCCACAGCCAUUGCCUCUUGAUUUUAUUCCCUCCUCUGCUCCCUGCAGCAGACUCAUGAGAUAUUCCAGGCUCAGCCUCUUCCUUCCCCUCCCCUUCCCAAAUGAUUGUCAAAGUCUGGGACGCUAAACCCAGGGGAAGGGGUGGCGUGGGAGAAGGCUUGCUGAGACCCAGCAGUUUGCAGUGCAUAGAGCCAAUGUUUAAACUGUUCUUUCAAAAUGUAAUGUGCAAAGUACUAAUCAGGAUAAAAGCUGGUGUUCUCUUUGUCUAAAUGUAACUAUCGUAGCACCUAAUCUCUUUGCAGAACAGGUACAUGGAGUUCCCUAAUCCCAAAGAGCCCUCACUUCUGUUACAUAAUUGUUCAGCUUUGAGCAAGAUGAGAAUAGGGUUUUGUCUUUCUCCCUCCCUGCCUCCCUCCUCCCCUCCCUCUCUCAUGCUCCCACAAAAUGUUUUGCUAUGAAUCCUUGUUUGUAGACAAGCCAGACCUUAGAGCACUGAACAGGCUGCUGGGCAACAGUAACAAAUACUGCACAGCGCAUCCCCAAAUUCUUUCAAAUUUUCUGAAACCAGAGCUUUGUCAGCAGUUCUGGGGUUUUUUUGUUAAAAAAAAAAAAAAAAAAGGCCACCCUUUUUGAAGAUAGGGAAAGACCUGGUUUGCACGCACAGAUUUCUGUACUCUGGGAAAACAACAAGAUUGCCUCGUGCAGCCCAGGCUGGGGGACGCCUGUCCUGGUGUCAGACAGAAAACCGUAGGCUCCAAGACCUGCAGAGCACCAGGACUGUUGGCUUUUCACAUCAAGUGACUGAAGCUGCUUGAGAGGGAGGUGACAGGGGGGAAACAGAGUUCUUGAUGCCAAAAGACAAGGCCAGUUUUUUCCCCUGUGAUAGAUACACAGCCCUGUUGAGGUUACAAGUGUAUGUGAAUAGAAAGUGGCUCAGGAGCUGUUAAUUCGGAGGUGCAAGUUUCCCUUUGGUGCGUUACUGCUACAGAUGUGGAAUGUUUGCUCUCUUUUUGUUUCUUUUUGCACUCAUUUCCAGUUCCCGCGCCAGCCUGACACCUCUCCAUCCUUCACCCGAUACUCUGAUUUCAGCUUCGCUUGUGUUAGUGCGUUGGCUGCUCACCUCUAACAGUCCUCAGGCUUCCCAGAUUGUAACACAAAGAAUUUUCUACUGAUCCCAUAAACUGCAUGACUGCCGCUCCGCGCGCCGCCGGCGCCCUGGGAUGGGGCAGCAGGAGGUUUCUGUACCAUAGCCUUGCACUCUGAAUUUUAGACUUUUUAAGCGGGUGGAAAAAAAAAAAAUAGAACUUUAUUUUUAAAUGAGGCACUUGCUCUGGGAAUUCCUUCCCUGCCCCCGCCCGGCUCGGGCCGCGCAGAGCUGGGGCGAACCCCGACACGGGCCGGGGCGCCGCUUCGCCGUGCCUGCAGAGGGGCGGGGGCCGCCCGGGAGGCGGUUUCCCAGCGGGCGCCCCCGGGUUAUU